AUGGAGGACUCGCGGAGUGAUUCCGAUCUUGCUGCCGAAAGCUCGAUCGCAUCCAUCGACAAGACCAUUCGCGCUCGUUAUUCGUUGGACUUGAAAUCGAAUCCGCCCACGAUCGGGAGUUCAAGCUCCUCAGAGACAGCCUCGUCAGGCACACCUAACCCAACCUCGAAGUCGACACGACGCAUCUCACUAGCCGAUGCCAAACGCACUCAUCAUGAUGAUAUGCCACUCGUCAUGGUACGGGAGAUAGCAAGAGGACACUCGGGAGUAUAUCAAUGGCGAAGAGGGGCCAUCUUCGUCUCCUACCCUCCUGUCGAGCAGAAAGAACUCGAGGGGAUGCAAGCGCUGAUCAAUCAGAAGUGCUGGUGUCACUCAAAAGAGCCGUGGCGUAUCCUUGAGCUAUUCAAGACUUCGACGUACGCCGCUGGGCCGCACUCUUAUGGGGACAUCACGAUCCUACUAGGGACUCUGGCGGCGUAUUGUCCGGAACAGCUCUACCUCUUCAGCGAUCCGGAGGAUAGCCGCACGUUGGACCGUCACAGAAACCGGCAUGCCUUUGAACUUCCGAAAGAGCCAUUCAACCUGCCUCUCAAAUGUCUGUAUCUGGUUCACCAGCGAAACGCGCUAGCCAAACUCUUACCCUGGUUCCGAGUGCCUGCGGAUACUAUGGCCAUCUACAUAGACAUACUAGAGUCGGCGCCAAGGUUUCCCGAGGAUGACCGCGUUGUGGAGCUACACGCCGUACAUGAGUGGAUUGCUGAUUUGCUGCGUCGAUGCAAGACCUCAGAAAGCUUCGUGGAGGUUGACCGAGUCGAGGUGAAGGUGAAGCAGCGGCGACGCAAGAGCGAUCCGGGCGCAUCAAACCAGCAACACGCAGAUCGCGAUGGCAACGAAAGUAUCCCUCGAACCCGAUAUGCUGUCAAGACCAGGCUGCUGCACAAAAAUGGGCGAGGAUCAUCUUGGAGCUUUGCUCUUGAAACGGUCCAUGCGGAGCACGGUGUCGAGUUCGUUGUGAAGGUACUCGAUGCACUUCGAGGUGUUGGCCAUGCGAAGAAGGUCAUUAUGCCACAACUCCAGUGGACCUCCGUUGAUUCGCGUAUGCUCGUCGCUCUUUCUUUGGCACUGAGCCAUGAACACUAG